UCCAUCGUCAUUCAUAGCAAUUAAGAACGUCAGCCAUAUUGUUUUAAAUUUAAUGUUUUCGAGUGUCGACAUUCGAAUGAUAAUAGAAAUCGUGAAAGAUUAGAUUGCUAAUCGCUUUCAUUUUUUUGCGUACAUCGAAUGGGUGUUUAGAUUUUAAAAUGGUGCAAAUAAGUGAUUAAUUUAAAACCUAUCUUAGGUAAUUUUGAUAUUGCUUACUUCUAAUGUAAUAACAUAAAAUGGCUAGGAUGUGGAUUGUUUGUUUUGUAGCAUUUUGUUUAUUUCAAUAUGUUGUUGGUUUCGAGCAACAUUUUCAGUUUUGUAAUAACAACACAAAAGUGCGAAGCUGUACGCCCCAGAUACUAGGAGAGGGAAAUUCUGAUGAUGAUAGCUGCAAACUCGAGGUUAUACCACCAAACAGUUCAGAUUGUGUAGACAGCUUUGGUCCCAUAGAGAAUAAUGCUCAUAUUGGUGGUGUAAGCUUACACCCAUAUAUUUUACCAGUUGAAGUUAAAACCAGUACGGAAUAUCAUAGCAAUAACUAUACUGUGUUGAAUAUCACAUUCAGUAAUAUAAAGUGGAAAACAAUGAAGUUUCGUUUUCAAAAAUACAAUAAGAAAGAGAGUCACUGUAGGAACAUUGUAAUAUCUAAUGAUGUAACAUUUAAUGAUCAAUCAGUGCUAUAUUAUGAUUGUUAUUGGUCAUUGACUGAUGGUGAUUAUAAUGGUCAAAGUCAUAUACUAGAUUUUGAGGCCACAGAUGACUAUGUUGUCAAUAGAGGCAGAUAUUACUUUAACAUUCCAUCGGCGCAAAUGUUAAGUCCAACAAUUAGUGAAAAGGAUUGGAAACCGUUUGUGUACAUUGAAAUAUUAACACCAACUAUGAACCUGCAUAUAAUACCACCUCCAGCACAACUGAAAAUACAUUCCUACCAAAUAGAUGUGAUGAAACAAUGUGAUCAUAAGAACCAAUGUGAGGAGUUAGUUAAAACGGCUAUCAUCAAAGUAAAGAAUAGUACAAGAGAAGUGACAUAUACCUAUAGUCUUCUGAAUUCGCCUGGGAUUUACUAUUUUAAAGUUACACCACAGCAUGAAAAGUGCAAAGGACAAAUGUCAGAAUGUCAGUUUGUGGAAAGCCCAAGGAUUACAAUAAAAAGUGAGGUGCAUCAAGCUAUGAAUAUCUGCAUAGCAAGCAUCACGGCUCUCAUCCUGGCAACAUUGUUCAUUUAUUACAUUGUUCUACGCGUAAUUCGAAGAUACUGGUGCAAGGAAUACGGCCAAGAAAUUCCUCCCCCAACAAAGGUCCUGAUAAUAUACCCGACAGCCAGCCGUCUCCACGCAGAAUGCGUAGCUUCCUUUGUCACCUACCUUCGUGCGGAAUACGGAUUCGAUAUUAUGUACGAUGGCGACAUUUCUGCCACAUCCCACGGAGACCCCUACAUAUGGGCGGAAGAGGCUUUCAAACUCGCUUCCCACAUUGUCUACGUUGUUGGACCAGCUGAAGACACAAAUCUCUACAACAAUAUAUACGACAAACCGAUCAUAACCGCCCACAAAGUCGAUCUUCUCCUACUAUCCCUCCUCCGGUCCACAAAAACUUCUAAACUCAAAAAGUAUGUCGUGAACGUAUUCUUCGAACACUCCGACGGCGAUAUACCAGUCGAAACGAGAAACGAUAGAGUUUUCUUCCUAAUAAAGGAUUGGCAAAAGUUCGUUGCGUAUUUAUCGAGGAAUUUGUUGCCGAGGAAACAACUGCUGCGAACAGAGAAGGGUAAGUGCUUUUUGGACGAUUUGUCUAGGGCUAAGAAGUUGUUGAGCAACAGUCGUGACGAUCACGUUAUAAAGUUUGAUAAGAACUGCGUUGAGAAGAAAGCUGUGCUGUGAAUUACGGAUUUUUAAAAUUCGAACAAAGAAUUUCAUUGUUUUCUUUGUAAUAUAGAAAAUGGUCUGUACUAAACAUUACACAGAUUACUGUUUUAAAAAUUAUACCUCUGUAUCAGUGUGUUAUCUGUCGUAAAUAAAUGACGAACCGUAUAAUUUUACAGAUCAAGUUAUUCUGAGAGGGCUUAUACUAAUACUUCAUACUUACGACGAAUUCAUAUUAACGUAUGCGUGUGGUGUCUAUGGUGUAAAAUUAACAUAAAAAAACGUGUUGGAAUAUCAUUUAAAAAACUGAUUUUAGAUUAGUUGACUAUGCUACUUAUCUAAUUGACUAUAUCCCCCUGUAAAUUGUGGAUACAACUGAGUAUCUCAACUCAUAUUCUGCGGUUUUUAAAUGCAAUUGUUUUCCUAAUUCUCUUUACAGAAUAAUAUAUGUACUUGCAAUUAUAUGUAUAAUCAUUGUAUGUAUAUAGAAUCCAGUCGUAAGGUGGAUUUUGCAGACAUAAUCUCUAUGAUUUUAAUAAGUCUGGCCAUUUUCUAUUUAAAAAGGAAACCUUUUUUGUCGUUGAGAAAUAUUAAUAUUGUUAUAAAUUGAUGGAAUAGGACAGGGGUAGUGAAAGUGAUAUUCAUGAAAGAAGUCUAGAACUUUCCUUAUGAAAAUGACUUGAAAAUCACGAAGUUUAAAAUUGUGUCUUCUAUGUGGUUCUAUCUUUGAUUAACCAUAAAUAAAAUAAUAUUUAUUAACUUCUGUAAUUAUAUAUUCGUUGUGGGAAUGUGUAAUAAACAUUUAACGAAAUGUUAUGAGAAUUUGUGAAAGUAAUGGUUUUAAUUAAUCCCGACAAAAUUUUAAUUUCAAAUACAAAAUUCGUUGUAGAUUUUUGCAUUUUGAAUGUGUUAUGUUGGAAAUUCUAUAUUGUAAUGUAUGAUUUAUUUGUAUAACUGUUAAUAUGGUUUUCGGGAAGAGUGUUUAAAAUUUUUAAAAUUAUAAGAAUUUAAGCCAAAGUUUCCAAAAUACACUAAGGGACAAAUUGUGUAACUGCGUUUAGAGGAUUUUUAUUAUUACUAUUACUGUGGCAUACACUAGUAGUUAAUAGAAAUGCCACACGGGCUUGAGUUGAUUGAGUGAUGAAGCAAUGUUCUCCAGUUUACUCGUAGCUUGAAUUUUUAUGUCCGUUUAACUUGGCAUUGUGGUAAAGUAUGUUUACUUUGUAUAUGCAACAUAAAUUAAGCUUUUUGAUUCUCACAAUAUUUAGACAUUACUUCAAUUUACUUGUGUCGAUAUACCGGAUGUUUACUCUUGACUGGAAAUAUACUUUUCGGUUUUUCAAAUAUUUUAUGACUUUUGACGAGUUGCAAAAAUUGUGCUCCUGAAUGGUAUAUGAUGUUAGGAUAUGUUGAUUGUAUUUGCUUCGAUUUGAAAAACUUUUUUCUUGACAUUUUGUACAUAAUUCUAUUUUCCCUUAUACAUGUGAUUAAAAUUAUAUAGAUUUUCUGUUAUUUCGUUGUUAAUCUGGCAUCAAUGAAUUUUUAAAUUUGUAGAGUAUAUUAGAUUCUAAUAAUUUACGAGAGUUUUAAAGGUACUAUCAGCAAUCAACUUGUGAAUAUUAUAUUGCUCUAUUUUGAGUAAAUCCUUGCAAUAUUUAACUGAUAUUUGCUUAAAAUUUUACUUUUACAGAACUAAGUCAAGAAGAUCUAUGCUAUGUGAUGGCGAUGUUAUAAUAGUAUGUAACAUGCGUUUUUAAAUUUAACUUUGAUUCUAUAUAAAGUAUUAUUACUAAAAUUUAAAGUCGUUAUCGGUUGUAAGCCAACGUUGAUUGCUGAUAGUACAAUCUGUUGCAUGAAUUCCAAUAUGUUUAAAGUGCCAUAGCCACUAAAUUGUUGAGAUAAAUGUCCAAAAAAUUUACUAUUUUAUAAGUCACUAACAGAGUAUUUAUCGAUGUCACUUUAAAAUUCUUGUUGAUCUCAAAGUCUGUUAAAAUGUGUGUUCUCUUGUUAUACAGGACUUUUAAGCUCAAUAUAUUAUAUUUGUGAUGUAUUUUUGUAAUAAACAUUAUUAAACAUU